AUGGUGCAUUGCGCGGAUGAGUCUAAAAACUGCAUGUUAGAUCCAGACUGUCGGUCGGCGCUCGCGUGCAUCACGGGCUGUGGAACGAAAAACCAGACAUGUAUGUUUGACUGUUUGUACUCGUACGAGGAUGACGUGUUCGACACCUUCAUGAAGUGUGCUUUUACGGAAUAUAAAUGCAUUACUAUGGUUUCGCCAGAUCCCGACUUCCGAUGCACUCCCCCACAUCUGCCUUUAAAAACUUUGUCCCGACAACAACUGAAAGGUUCAUGGUACAUCGUUAUGGGACUGAACCCUAAUUUUGACUGUUUUGACUGCCAAGUUACAACCUUUAGCCUUUCGAACACUUCCAACACUAUAUCUGUGAACGAGCGUUUUGAAGUUCACACAAUUGACGGCAAGCUGAAGCACAAAUUAGUUAACGAGACUGCCGUGCAAAACAACGCAUCGUUUCAAGGACUACUGGAGUACAAAAGCAUGCAGAUGGGACACGAGACCACUACUGACUGGAGAAUCCUGUACCAGGACCCUAAAUUGAGCUAUAUGAUUGGCUACUACUGCGGCCAUGUGGCAACCGACUGGUACUACGAAGGGGCUGUCGUCUUCUCUCGGAUACCGCAGCUGAGUAGCGAAAUUCUGACGGAGGUCAAAGGUCAAUUGACAUCCCUCGGUCUACCAGUCAACAAGUUUUGUUCUCCGAAGACGUCAAAUUGUUUUUAG